AUGGGAUUGGGCUGCUCGGUGGACGUGGCACGUGCGGCCGUUUGCGAGUCCUGCAACUGCGUUGACGACUCCUUCGAGGGCAGCCGUGUCUGGGCGCAAGGUUGCUUCAGCCGGUCCUCUCUGGACAGUCGGGAUGAGGGCGUCUUCGAUCAUCCGCAUCCACUCCUGUGCCGCAGCCAUGAGGACGACACGCCUCGCGGUCCCACUCCUCCCUGGGCCGUACACAACACCGAGUGCGAGCCAGUGGACAAGACCUCCACCGGCGCCACGCCACCUAGGAUGCUGGUCGCAAUUCGCUGCUCGCCCCCCGGGCUGCCUGAGGAGCUGGAUCAAAGUCACAAUCAGCCUGGGCUGCUAGUGGCCUUGGGCGCUGGAUUCUGUCGUGACUUGUUUCGUGCUGCCCGAACUGGAAAUGACGCUUUGCUGGAGAAGCUGAUCAAGAAUGCCUACACAUCGAGCUGCGUAAACCGUGGUGGCAGUGGCGAUCUGGAUGACGGGACUGCCGAGGAGGUGUCCAGCAUGCUGAGCUUUGCUCGAGAUGUCGGUACAGGAGAGACGUUGCUUGGAGCAGCAGCCAAGCAUGGCGAAGCACUGGUUGUGAGGCUGCUGCUGUUGAACUCUGCGAAUCCGACAAUUUCCGACAGUCGCGGUCGCAUGGCGUUGCAUCGCGCGGCCGAAGGUGGCGAUUUGCUUACGACCCUCUUGGUGCUGGAUCGCCUACAGAGUGCAGACCGGUUCCUUUCUGUUACGGAUUUCGUGGACAACCACGGCGAGACCCCUGGAGUGGUUGCCUCCUCUGCGGGCAGCAGCGCAGUCUGUGGAGCCUUGGAGAUCUUCGGGGACAUGCAGCUGAACGCAGAGCAGCAGUACGUCGGUCAGCUCGGCAAGCCAGGAGUGCGGAAUGACAUACUCUCGUCUUUGGACUUCGGGUCCGAAGCUGCGGCUUCACUGCAAUACCUGAGAGAGGCUUCUCUGGGGUCAGCAUUGGUGCCAAAGAUUUGGCCCCAAACCCAGGCUGGCUUUGAUCUCGCAGAUGCGCUGAAUCAGGCCUUCCAGGGCUUGCAACAAGCUGAGGAUCUCCUGAUGAACGGCAGCUGGAAGCCGAGUCAGUUCGGUCUACCUGCAGGACUGAAACAGGUUGUUCGCACAAUUGACCUGCGGGUCCGCUGGCAAAGGCUGAGAACUGAUGCCAUGGCUGGCACGAGUGCUAAGGUUUUGGAAGAGUUCUGGCAGACUCACUUGAGUGCUGCCAGAAUGGCGAAGCUCACGAGAGGGGAAGGCAAUCUGCAGCAGAUCUACUUGGGAAUUCUCUGGCUCUUCACCCGCGAGUCCUGGCUGCCGCACAUUAUGGAAGCCUUGGCAGGCUUCCUGCGCGAGAGCUGCACAGAGGUCAUGAACGCUUUUGAAGCGAUGGCUCUGCAAAGUCUGGUGCAGGCUUUGUCCCCGAUGGCGCAGCUGGUGCAAGCUGCAACAUGUUACUUCCGACAGCAGGGAGUUCGACACGAAGGCGUCACGUUCAGACCUAUCGUUCUACCUGCAUCGGUGCUGAAGAGCAUGAUCGACAGGUUCUUGCUGUGCAAAGAAGAGCGGCAGCAGUCCUCUGUUGAGGCGACAGAUCCUGUAGAUGCAGAGGGUCUUGACACUGGCAUGUGGUUCGUCCUCAGCCAUGGUUCCUUCCCCACUGCUUUUGCCUCUCGUUGGGAUGCCGGGAAGCGUCUGGCCAAGACCAGCUCGAACGUCCUGUUGGCGAUCCAAGCAGACCCAAAGUUUCCGAGCUUUCCGGAGCACAUGUCCCUGAAGGGUGGUGGCGAUGACCCUCAAGCGCCACAAUGCCUUCGUCGCUGUCGAGCUGCUGCCAUGAGCAGAGUCUAUCUGGAGCAGCGGGAUGCAAAUCACGUUCCACCACCACACACUGCAGCCGAGGUGAGUGCCGCCGUAGAGGCUGCAGCAGAGGCCGUCGCCAACUGUGACGCGCUGAUCUUUACGGCAGGUGCCGGGAUGGGAGUGGAUUGUGGUUUGCCCGACUUCAGAGGCUCUAGCGGUCUCUUCAAAGACCGUGAAGUUGCCAUGACCUACGAGGAGAUGAGCGACGACAAAUGGUUUGCAGAAGAUCCCUUGUUUGCAUGGGGCAUCAACUACACACAGCUAUCGAUGUACCGGCAUACGCAGCCUCAUGAAGGCUAUGCGGUGUUGCUGCGGUGGGCCACAGCCUUGGGCAAACCAUACUACGUCUGGACCUCGAACAUCGAUGGAAUGUUCGAGAAGGUCGGCUUCUCUCCGGAGAAAGUGGUGACUUGCCACGGGGACUUACAUCAUCUCCAGUGCACGAAGGACAGGCGGAAGUGUAGAGGGUCGCGCGAAGAUCGUUCAGAUGAAGUUUGGCCUGCUGCGGUAAUUCCGGAUGGACUGGAUGCAGAGAUAGAUCCUGGGGGUCUUCGCUUCCGUGAUGCGGUGCAUUUGGAGCGGGACUGCUUCAAGUGUCCUCGGUGUGGAUCUCUGGCAAGACCCAAUGUUUGGUUUUGUCACGACAAGAACUACAAUGCAUCCACGGAUGCCCUAGUACGCGGCGAUGAGUACAAUCAGUGGCUCUGGAAGCUGCAUGAAGACGAAGCUGCAAUCGUGGUCGUUGAGUGUGGAGGGGGGCUUGCUAUCCCCAGCGUUCGUGUUCAGGGUGAGGAUGCGGUGGAUGGCGGGGGCAAAGGAUCCCGUCUGAUACGGAUAAAUCCGGUCCACUGCAAGGUGCCACCGACGAAUGGAAUCGGCAUUCCCAUGGGCAGCAUGCAAGGGCUCAAGCUCCUCGACGCAGCCGUCAUGAAGCCAAAGGCAAAGAUCAAGUGCAAGAAGGAUGUCAAGGCAGCCGCCCGGAAGCCAUCUCCAGGGAUCUUUCCGGCCGGGACUUUGUUUCGGCUGGUCCGCAUGUCACGAACGACAAGUUCCGAGCUUGAUUCGGAGGCCUGCCCAAAGGGCUCAGCGAUGCAGUGGCCUGUAACGGUGAUCGAACUGGCCGCCACCGACCCACGACCACAGGCCUUCUUGCUGUUGCAGCGGAAGGGUUGCCUUCGGCCAGGCGAGAUUCAGGAUGCACUCAUCUCCUGGGCAGCAGAGCAAAAAGGUGCAGAGCGUGAACAACGUGUCCGAGAUGCUGCAGCAUGGCUCUACCAAAGCGCUGAAGUUGAGGCAGCCGAGAUGCUUCUGGAGAGGUCGCCGCAACCUGCGGUAGACGUAGCUGUGGCAGCGGUGGAUGAUGUGGUGCAGGAGGAGAGGCUGGUUAUAAAUGUGUUGGAAAAGCGCCCAAGACAGCCUGCACGUUCCAUCCUGCCCACGUGA